AAUCACAAUCAGCUCGGCCGGGUUGCCCAACAAGACCAACCAGCUCGAUCGGGAGGCAGCAGCAAGCUUCGUUCUUCUCCUGCCCUACACCAUGUCCGGCGCCGCGAAGGGGUGCUGCAGCGGCAUCUGCGGGUUCAUCUUAUUGGGUGGCUUCCUCGUGCUCAUCUACUGGGCUCCCUUCCAGCCCCACCACAUACGCGCCACCGUCGACUCCGCCACCCUCUCAAACCUCACCGUCUCCGCCGCCGCGGUCUCCUACCACCUCGCCGUCAGCCUCAGCCUCUACAACCCCAGCGUCCGCGUCAACAUCUACUACGACACCAUCGACGCCCAGCUCCGCUUCCGCGACGCCGUCAUCGGCCCUGCCGCCAACGACACCUCCCCGUCCGAGUUCUACCAGCGCCGGAAGACCACCGACGUCGUGAAGCUGGAGUUCGCCGGGAGGGGCGUCGGCGUCGCCGGCGACGUCGCGGGGGAGCUGGAGAAGGAGAUGAAGGGCGAUGGGCCAGUGACCUUGGAGCUGGACGUGCGCGUGCGCGUGAGGUACGUGUUCAGGGCCUUCAAGCUGCGGCAGAAGCCAAGGAUACGGUGUUCGCUGAGCAUUCCGGUCAAGGCAAAGGGCCGAGGCGGCGGCGUCGGUGGUGCUCUUACGUCCGGCGACCGGUGUAGGGUCAAGUACUGAUGUAUGAUCAUCGAGUACUUGCGUUGGUGCAUGCAUGCUUCCUUGCUUGGAGUUCAGUGACCGGUACGGUUUUCAGUUUGAUUCAUGCAAAUUAAAGAUUAUUAUUGUUUGGGUUAAUUAACUACUGCUGUAAAGUAUACUAGAACUACUAUUAGUAUUGUUCAGUCA